GCCGCUAGAGGGCCGCGAUUCGCGCCUCAACAUGGCGGCGUCCGCAAAAGUUGUCGACCCAGCGUCAUGGUCGAGAAUGUUGAGUAUAUUCCCAGGGAAAUUCUCGUUUGCCUUCUGCUAUGGCUCGGCCGCGUUUCCCCAGAAGGGCGUCGUGCAAACGAAGAACAACAUGCUGGACGUGAUUCUCGCCGUGGACGAUCCGCUGUCCUGGCACAGGGAAAACUUGAAAGAAAACUGGCGCCACUACUCCUUCUUGAGGUACGGCGGGCCGUAUCUCGUCAACAAGGUGCAGAAGGACUUCGGCGCCUACGUUUACUACAACACGUUUGUGCCGUACGAUGACGGGCUAAUGAAGUACGGGGUGAUCAGCACAGACCGGCUUAUCACGGAUCUGCUAGACUGGGAGACGCUCUACUUGAGUGGCCGAUUACAUAAACCGGUUCGGAUUCUACAGGAGCCGACGCCCGAGAUUAAGCGUGCCAUGAGCCUCAACUACAUGACAGCUAUACACACAGCGCUGCUAAUGUUGCCCGACGUCUUCACCGAGGAAGAGCUCUACCUGAAAAUUGCAGGGCUCUCCUACGUAGGUGACUUCCGCAUGAUCGUCGGCGAGGACAAGAACAAAGUGGCCAACAUCGUUGGGGCCCAGUUGGGCGAAUUCCGCAAGCUCUACAGCCCGUACUUGAAGCUCAUCAAAAUGGUCUCGUGGAAUGAAGACACGCAGACGUUUGAGGUAGCCACCGGGCCCGAUGCAAAGCUGCACCACCUGAACCUGCUGCCCAAGUCCCUGCAGUCUCACCUGCUCAAAGUGUGGAACAAGGACGGCAGGCACCGGGACCUGGAGGACGUUCUCCGGGCCAUCGGGAACGACCCCCACUGCAGUGGGUUCAUCGAGGAGGCUGUGGCAAGCAUCGUGUGGAGGUCAAGUUGGGGCCAAACUGCCAAAGGCAUUGUCACAGCUGGACUGUGGAAUGCUAUCUAUUACGGGAGCAAGAAAGUCAUCAAAAUGCUGAAAAGCUUGACCACAACGCAGCCAAAUUUGAAGACGUAACGAUUCUCUCCAUGGACAUACGUGCAUCUCGGUUGUUUUUUCCAGUUUUUGUUCGGAGCACCGACGGGCACUUACGAGAUUGUUGCAGCGUGUUGGUCGUUCAUCACUCCGUCAGUUGUUGUUUGUUUUGUUUGCCCACACAGCUGUGAUAGUGUGUACACUUCGAACAUAGUCACGCCAUCAGUUCCGUCACAGAGCCACUGCCAUAUAAUGGGACAUCUCCCCACAUUUCAUUGCCUUUGCAUGUACAGCGAUUGAUUUGGUCGUUUUAAAAGAUACGCCUUUGAAACAAGAGGGCACAAUUUUGCACGCGCUUUACUUUAAGGAUUAAAGAGGUUUUACAUAGGCGAGCGAGUUGUGCUCAGGUUGUAGAUAGUCCAAGCCUUGGAAUCGUGCACACUCGGCUUACCUUUGACGGAUAUCUUCUGGCGUUUUGAGUGAGACGAUUGAAGAUAUUAGUAACUUAUUUUGCGCACGCUGAUCUAAGAAUAAAGUUUCACUGAUUACA